AGUCAGACUCCCCAGUCCGCACGGACAAAAGCGAGAUUCGGUUCAUCGCGUUCGGGUCGUUGUAGACCAUGGAGUUCCCAUGUCGUCUUGUUCAUUCUCCGUAGACUGUAGCCUGUAGGUACUGAUUUUCCCUUCUCUUACAUUUUCUGAUUAUACUUUACUUGGCUUCUGAAUCCAAAACGGAAUAUGAAGAGAACGAACUGUGGGUUCUGGAUUUUGCUGCUCCUCCCGAAUAUUUUAGUCCCAAUUUCAUCUGCAAAAUCUGAUGGAGUCUGCAUUUCUCAAGGGGGCCGUUUUCCACCAUUCACGUCUGAAGGUAAACCGCCAAAAAGAGUAGGCAAGGGUUCCAAAGAUUUGACCUUAUGUAGGGUAUUCCGUGGAAGGACUUGCUGUGACGUAUCUCAAACACAUCCAGCUUUGCUAUCUAUUAGGAUGCUGGCUUCUUCUGGGGAAGCCAGCCAAGAGUGCUUGCAGUUAUGGGAAUUAUUGGAGUGUUCCAUAUGUGAUCCACGAGUUGGUGUUCAAAAGGGACCUCCUCUUAUAUGUGCAUCUUUUUGUGACAGAGUCUAUCAAGCUUGCGCCGAUGCUUAUUUCUCUAUGGAUGCCAAGGCACAGGUUCUUGCACCUUGUGGGGUGAACGACUUUGUUUGUGGUGGAGUUGCUGAAUGGGUCUCCAAUGGCACUGAACUCUGCAAAGCUGCUGGUUUUUCUGUUAAAUUGUCUGACGGGAUAGACUUUGGCACUGAGGAAACAUCUUGUUAUGGCGGUAAAGCUAGUCUAGAUUCUAUUUCUAAUUCAUGGAGGAAGUCUGAGGUGUCCAAGAACAAGAGAGCUUCAAAAGGAGAGGUGGUAAAAGAUUUCCAGCAGUGGGUGGAGGAUAUGCAGUUUCGGGGGAGAGUUUCUUGGGCCGUUGGAGGGAUGGUUCUCACAGCAGGAUUGCUGUUUGUGAGUCAGAGGAAGACCCGCAACCAGCGUCAAAAGCUAGCAGCUAUUCAACGAACUGUGAGGAGACUAGAAGGCAACAACCCCAACUCUCCUACUAAUAAAGGAAAUAGGAAAGGAGUCCGAAAAUGAAUGUUCCCAUAUAAAUGGACUUUGGAUUAGUUUACAGACAUACUACUCAUAUAUCUGCAAGGUUUUGAGCUGCAAACAAGCUGUUGAUUUGCGAACAUUAACCAAGUUCCAUCCUUUUCCGUGCCCUCUAAAGGAGUUAUGAGCAUCUGGUUUAUGAAGAAUUGGUCGCCAUGCGGGUGGACAAUAAUGGCAUUGUAUGUUCAAGAUUAUCUUUUUAUCAAUGUUAUGUCUGUACAAGGAUUAUCUUGUCAUAAUAUAGAAGGGACACUUUAAGGCUCCUAUGGGGGAUUUGAUA